AUGACGUGCGUAGAGAAUACAUACGUACAGUUAAUCACGCCACCGUCGACACCGUCCCAACGCAGCAAGACACCACCCGCAUCUCACCCAACCACCCCUUUUCUACCCCCUCAUUCCCUCGUCUUCGCUUCUCCUUGCCCCACACCUAUGUCCUCUCCCUCUCGCAAGCGCCACAAAACAAUGUCCUCCUCCGCCUCCGAACCCAUCCCGUCCGAACCCGUCCCCUCGUAUGUCGUCCCCGACCUUGUAAUCGACGGUUCAAGCGGCGAAGGCGGCGGCCAGGUGCUACGUCUAUCUCUCUCCCUCGCAGCAAUCCUCUCCCGCCACGUCCGAGUCACGGACAUUCGCGGCAACCGCCUCGUCCCCGGUCUGCAGGCCCAGCACGUGGCCGCCGUCAACCUCGUCGCCGACGUCUCCAACGCCUCCCUGGUUGACGCUUGCGAAGGCUCCCAGGCAAUCGAACUCCUCACGCCACGCCCACGCACUGAUCCUGCACACCUCCCCUUCCUCGCUGCCGUGUCCACGGCGGGCGCCACAGCCCUCGUUUUGCAGGCUGCCCUCCCGCCCGCGCUAAAGUUUCUGCCCGGAGGAAGUACUGUCGCCAUGAGAUUGACAGGCGGCACCACGGCCAUGUAUGCCCCGCCUAGCGAUUACGUGCAGAAAGUCCUCGUGCCCAACUUGAGGUUGUUUGGAGUUGAUCUGAGAUUCGACGUAGUGAAGCACGGAUUUUUUCCUAGGGGAGGUGGACAGAUUGAUGUCUCGUUUGAUAAGAAGGGGUGCCAGGCUGUCGAGGGGAAGGAUGCGGUGUGCGUGCUGAAUCCGAUUGAGUUGACGGAAAAGGGGACUCUGCUUUCCAUUGAGGGGGAGCUAGUCGUGUCGGGGUAUGAUUAUGUCGUGAGUGGCGUUGUCGAAGAAAUGGCCUUAGCGGCCGUGAAGGAAAUCACGUCACAGCUUGGAUAUGUUAAAGUUACCGCCCCGUUUAGGCGCAGGCAUAUUACUAUCAAAGAGGUCAGCAAGACGAGCACGUCGGGCAAAUGUCUGUGCUUGACGUUAUUUGCCCGGUUUUCAAACGGCUCCGUUAUGGGGUCCAACGUCUUGUGGUCGGAACAGCAAGCGGCUCAGCGCAAGGAUUGGGCAAUGCUGAAGAAAUCGCGCAGAAUGACUUAUAAAGACAAGCUCAGGUUUUGGAGAGAGUCCGUGUCGAGUGCGGCUACUGAAGCCGCCAAAAGGCUUUGCGAUACGAUUGGUACGGAGGCAGCUGUAGAUGAGUAUAUGGCUGACCAGCUGGUCGAUCCAGCUGGAAACGAGAUUGGACAAUGAUUUUGUCGUCGUUUGUGAAGGGAUGGGAAUCGAGCUAGUUAGGUAGUGUUUCGCUAGGACUAUGAAACGGACACACAGGUUGUGGUCUGACGACCUCAUUUUGUAAAUAGUAACAGCCGCGUUAGAGUGAUAAUUCUC